AUGCCUUUUUGGAAUAUUUAUUACACCAAAAAUGCAUUCGACGAUGAGAACUCCAAAAAGUCAUUGUCACAGGACAUUACCAAACUCUACACUGAAGUCGGUUUACCCGCUUUCUAUGUCGUCGUUGUCUUCACAGAGGUCUCAGAUGUAAACAUGUACGUUGGCGGAGACCAGCCAACCACACCUUUCAUUCGGAUUGCAGUCGACCAUAUCGCAGUUCAUAUGGAAGAAGCACAACACUAUGAGUGGACUUCGAGAGUUGAUGAGGCGCUUAAACCUCACAUUGAGGAUAAAGGAUACAACUGGGAAUAUCACAUUGACGAGACGGAGCGGCGGCUAUGGAAGGUCAACGGGAUGUAUGCACCGCCAUUUGGUAGCCAGGCGGAGAAGGCGUGGGUUGCUGAGAAUAAGCCGCUGCGCUGGGAGGAAACGGAAUGA